AUGGACACGCGCAUCGGCGGCCGGAUCACCAAGGGCAUCAGCGGCGGGCAGCGGAAGCGGCUCAGCAUCUGCAUCGAGAUACUCACGCGGCCGCGCCUGCUCUUCCUCGACGAGCCCACCAGCGGCAUCGACAGCGCCGCCUCCUACCACGUCAUGAGCCACAUCGCGCGCGUCGCCGCCCGCGACGGCAUGACGGUCGUCGCCGCCGUGCACCAGCCCAGCGGCGACGUCUUCGAGCUCUUCCACGGCCUCUGCCUGCUCGCCACCGGGAAGGCGAUCUUCUUUGAACCAUCUCUGAUGCCACCGAGCUCGUUCCUUGCAUGCAUGCAGUUCUUCACUCUGAACGGCUUUCCAUGUCCACACCUGAGAAGCCCGUCAGAUCACUUCCUGAGAACAAUCAACAAAGACUUUGAUGAGGAGGGCGCUUCAUUUAGGAGGAGAGAACAAGCAAGUUUUACCACAAAGCUCCUUGUGCUCACAAGGAGAUCGUUGUUGAAUAUGCUCAGGGACAUAGGAUAUUACUGGAUGCGUUUGGCCGUCUAUAUGGGCACUGGCGCAUGUCUUGGCACUAUCUUCUACCAAGUUGGCUAUAGCUACAGCUACACUUCUAUCCAGGAUCGAUGUGAAGUAAUAAUGUAUACAACAGCACUUUUAACUUUUAUGGCCAUUGGAGGAUUUCCGUCUUUCGUAGAGGACGUUAAGUCUGCGCACAUUUUUAAUACCACCAUUUUCACCCUUGGGUCAGGUCUUCAGAAAGGAGAGGCUGAGUGGCCACUACGGCGUCUCAGAAUUUGUGAUCUCAAACACCCUCUCAGCUACUCCAUACCUGUCAUUGCUGUAUUACCGCAAGCAAUGUUAUACUACCUUACUGGACUAACAAAAGGCAUAGAUCACUUCACCUAUUUCGUCAUUGUCCUUGGCAUAUGUUCCAUUCUAGUGGAGAGCAUUAUGAUGAUUAUCGCUGCUAUUGUUCCGGACUUCCUAAUGGGAAUCAUCAUUGGAGCUGGAGUUCAAGGGGUGAUGAUGCUCAAUGGCGGCUUCUUCCGCCUUCCAAGUGAGCUCCCAAAGCCAGUAUGGAAGUAUCCCUGCUACUACAUCUCCUUCCACAAGUAUGCGGUGCAAGGAUUAUACAAGAAUGAGUUCAUGGGACUGUCGUUCCCAAGUGAUCAGCUCAUUGAGUCUAAUGUCACCAUCAGUGGCAUUCAAGUCCUCAAGUAUAAGUUGGAGGUGGAGAUGGGGUACUCGAAAUGGGUAAACCUUGCUAUCCUUUGUGGAAUGACGGUGAUAUACAGGAUGAUAUUCUUCAUCAUCGUCAAGAUUACUGAGGAAAUUCGACAAAAAAUGGGAGGCAAACGAGGAUGUGUUAGAUUUUCUAGAUAA